AUGUGCAUUGAAAAUUUGGCGUUUGGACAAUUAUUCCUCCGGUGGCGGCGGCGCCACCGCCUGGAAUCAGUAGACGAAGGGUAUGGGGGUGGCGUGAAGGUGGAAGAGAAGAGGGUUGGUGGUGAUGAAAUGGAGGAGGAGGACAUGAAAAUAAAGAUGAUUAAGGGUCAUUUGAUGUAUUUUCUUGGAAAUGCACUUAGUUCAAAUUACUAUGAGAACACAUGCCCUCAAGUUGAAGAUAUUGUCACACAAGUUGUCACCGAAGCAUCAAAGAAGGACAAAACUAUCCCUGCUACCCUUCUAAGGGUGCGACGCUUCAGUGUUACUGAACUUCAAGAAAAACACUGCAGAAAAAGAUGCCCUCCUAAUGUUUCUUUGCAUGCAUUCUAUUUUAUUGAUAGUGCAAAGAAAGUCAUUGAAGCCCUUUGCCCUGGCAUAGUCUCCUGUGCUGAUAUCUUAGCCUUUGCUGCCAGAGAUUCUGUUGUCAUUAUAAGCAAACAUUAUUGCUCAAGCAGAAUUCUGGAGUUGAAGGUGGACUUGUGUUUGGUUAUAGUUUCUGCAAAAAAUAUUUGGUUGCUUGAAUAUACUGAAAGUGAAAAAAAAUGCUAUUGUGGGCAGUCUGGUGGACCUUUUUGGGACGUGCCUAAAGGAAGAAAAGAUGGAAGAACAUCACGAGCCAGUGAAACUAGACAAUUGCCAGCUCCCACUUUCAACAUAUCCCAACUUCAACAGAGCUUCUCUCAAAGAGGAUUAUCACUGGAAGACCUUGUUGCUCUCUCAGGUGGACACACAUUAGGUUUCUCUCAUUGUUCAUCUUUCAGCAACAGGAUACACAACUUCAAUACCACCCAUGAUGUUGACCCAACAUUACAUCCAUCUUUGGCUGCAACUUUAAAGGGCAUUUGUCCACUGAAAAACAGGGCUAAAAAUGCUGGAAUUCCCAUGGAUCCUUCCUCAACGACGUUCGACAAUACAUAUUACAAGUUAAUUCUUCAGAAAAAGAGCCUGUUCUCUUCAGACCAAGCUUUGCUCAGUAUUCCUAAGACAAAAAGUCUGGUUUCUGAAUUUGCUAGCUCAAAAGAAGCUUUCUUUAAGGCUUUUGCUAAUUCCAUGAUUAAAAUGAGCAGCAUAAAUGGAGGUCGAGAGGUCAGAAGGGUCUGUAGGGUAGCUAAGUAAUUACUAUUAAUCCUUCCAAAUUAAUGAUAAUCCAGGGUGCAGU